AAAAGGUUGGUGACGAAGAAAAAAAACUCCAGUCUUCUCCUUUUGGAACAAUACGAUUGGAGAAAAGCAAAAUGAAGAUUUGUCUUAGUAUUUUGGCACUUCUUGUCGUCUCAGCUUGCGCUGUUGAACUCAAGCCCAAACCUUUAGAUUACGAGCUUAACAAAAAGUAUGUCUACGAAUACACUGGAAACGUUCUUACUGGAAUCCCAUCCAGUUCAAGCCUCUACUCUGGUACUCAAUUGAAGGCUAAUGUUGCCAUUUCCCACUCAAACGACCGAACCGACUUGUACACAUUGAAGUUAGACAAUGUUACUUUCGCAUCACUUAUUGAUGAGGUUACCGAACCUGCAAAGGCCAACUUUGCUCGUUGGGAAGCUGUUGAACAGAAAAACCAAGAACUCUUGGAACUUACUUUUCAAUACCAAAUCAACAAAGAGACCCAGCGAUUGGAGUACAUUGAGGUUCACCAAAAGGAUGUUCCUUGGUCACUCAACAUCAAGAAAGCCAUCAUCGAGAUGUUCUUGGUCGACAUUGCUGGUAAACAGUUGAAGUUGGCUCCUGGUUAUGAACACGGUCUUACUAAACACUCUCAAGAUGAGGUUCAUCAUGCUUUUGAUGUCUACGAACCAACUCUCAAGGGUGAAUGUGAAACCAUGUACCAAGUCAUCAAUGCCUUACCUGAAAACGUCAAUGGUUUACCUGGAAGUGAACAAUUCUACUGGAAAGUCAUCAAGACCCGAAACUACCAAAACUGUACCACCACUCCUCGAUUGACCCAACACAACUGGGAACGAAAGGGAUGUGUUGAAUACUGCAAACAAGCUUUGAUUGUUGGUCUCACCAAGAUGAACAACUAUUACUCAGCUGAGAAGUCUCAAUGCAACUGCAAUGAUAUUGAAAUCGAGCCUCUUGACCAACAAUUGACCAGCACUUACUCCAUUGAAUGUAUGGAAAAUCCCUACAUUUUGAGCGCUGAAAGCAACGGUAAAGUUACCUUCGACAACCAUGGUACUCGAUUCGUUACCUACACCAACCAAACCCUUAAAUUCGUCCGAAUUCAUGGUGGUACCAUUGAUCCACUCAACACCAACUACGCUAUUCGAGCUCAAAACUUGACCUUCUCUCUUUACCCAUACAACGGUUCAGUUGCCUAUGUAUUCAACCACGAAAUCCCAGUCUACAACCUUUUGGUUCCAUCAGGCUCUCAAUCAACUUUACUCGAUACUACCGUUGAGUUGUUGAACCGAGUUGCUGAAACUGUCAUCGAAGGUGAUUACAAGAACCAAAAGAAGGUCGCUAGUCUUAUGCAGAAGGUUGUUUCCCGAUUGGCUCAUCUUGACUCAGAGCACAUCAUGAGAAUCUUCAGCGACUACUGUAUCGUCCCAGAAGCUAAGCUCUACACCAACACCUUGGAAUCAGUCCGAAGACAAUUGUUCCUUGACGCUAUUUCUCACGUUGGAACCCAAAACGUCUCAAUCUGGCUUGAACAAGUUCUCGGCUGGAACUCUAAUGGAUUAUCUCAAAUUGAAGUACGACAAAUUGUCGAAACUUUACCCCUCAACGUUUACGCUCCAACCACCCAAUUGAUUCAGUUAUUGGAGAAGAAGAUCAAUGGUUACUUCCAAGAAGAAGAUUGGGAUUCCCUCUCUGCUUUUGUCAUCGCUUACGGUAAACUCAUUGCCAAGGCUUGUCCAAACCCAGAAGUCUACCCUGAAUCUGACAACGAAAUCGCCAUCGAUGAAAGUCGAGUUCGAGUAAACAACUGGUGGAUUCCAGAAGACCAAAAAUGUACUGCCCAACAAACCCUUCAAUACAUCAAGGCUUUGAGCGGAAAACUCAUGUCUGCUAAAUCUGUUCGUGGUAAAAUUUUGAUUGCUCAAGCUUUGGCUCACACUGGCAAAGUUGCAGCUCUUGAAGAGCUUGAAUCUUACGUCAAGGGUGAACUCAAGACUCAAAUUUCUGAUGUUUCUGACCGAACCUUCUUCCGAACCUCAGUCAUCUACUCUCUCCACCACAUGAUUUCAGUUGCACCUAAACGAAUCCGAUCCCUCGUUUUACCCGUCUUCAACAAAAAGACCGAAUCUUAUGAAUUACGAUUGGCUGCUUUCACCGUUCUCAUGUCUGCUGGACCUAAAAGACACGAACUUGACUCAGUUGCCGUUUCACUCCGAAACGAAACCAACCAUCAAGUUAUCACCAUGGUUCGAUCCAUCUUGGAAGAAACUGCUAACCUCACCCAAGCUUGCCACCAACCCUUAGCUCAAGCUGCCCGUGAAAUCGUUGCCACUCUUCCCGAAAUCAACCUCGAUGGUGUCUACUCUCAAGCUUCAUACAAUGAAUGGUUCUCAACCGACAAAUCAACUGGUUUCUUCGCCAAUGGUCAAUUCGUUGCCAACAACAUCACCAUUGUCCCAAGACACGGUUACCUUUCCCUCGGUUCCCACUGGAAGUCUCUCUCAAACCCAUGGUUCACUGUUGCUUUCCAACAAAAAGGAUUGGAAACCGCUUUGAAACAAAUAUUGAACCCUGCUUCAGGUUCUUAUGCUGUCGACCCCAAAACUAUCGAUGAACUCUGGAAAGACCGUGGUGUCAACCCCCGAGUUGAAGAUGAAUUCAUGCUCAAAUUGUUCGUUCGAGUCUAUGAACAAACUUCUCUCUUCACCAUGGACAAAUACACUUUGCAAAACGCUUACGAUCAAUUCGUUCGAGUUAUGCUCAAGUUUGUCAAUGCUGCUUCUAAUGAUCGAGUUGACUUCAACUGGGUUCGAUUCUACAUGCCAUCAACUUACACCGAUGUUGUCCCAAGCGCCGUUGGUUUACCCAUUCUUGCCACCAAACAAAACCGACAAAUCGUUUCACUUCGAUUGACCAAAUCUGAAUUCGAAUCUAAGCCAAUCUCUGAAAUUACUACUGGCAGUAUCACCUUCAAAGUUACUCCACAAGUUUUCUCAUCAUCACUCUUGACUCUUGCCGUAUUCAACCAAGGACUUAAGUCCAAGACCCAUUAUGGAGUUUACACCAACAAGGACUUCAACGUCUAUGUUCCUAUUAGCUUCAGCUUCGGAUGGGACUUCAACACCCGAUUGUACACAUACGCAAUCAAGCCUGCCUUUGAACAAACCAACUUCCUCCAAUCAAACGCCAACUAUGCUUUCAUCAUUCCAAGCUACAUUGGAGCAACUAAAGUACGAGCCAUCACCAAGGAAAUCCAAUCUUUGGUACCUGCUUACAACCACCCUCUUGUUCAGUUCAAGAGCCGUGAAUUAGGUAUGAACUUGAACCUUGGCUUAUCCACUGAACGACCCUGGUUCAUUGACUUAACCGAGAUCCCAUGUGAAGGAACCGUUGCCUGGCUUUUGGAGAAAUACAAUGAAAUGAACCAAUUCAACAACAACAUCAACUUGACUCUUGUUCAAAAUGAGGAAUACCCAGCAUCUGGUUUUGUUGGUUCAUUCAGAUACGAACAAGACAUCGAUGGUGAAUACGUCGCUAUUGGUGAAACCAACCCAUCAGAAGAAACUAAUGCACGAAGAAUUGUACAAGAUUUGAUCCAACGAUACCCAUCCCGAAUCAACAACCCUGCAUUCUUUGCCCGUUCUAUCGAAUUCUACCUCGCUACUUUCGGACACCCAGAACCCACCGAAUUCAACUCAACCCUUACUUUAGGAUCUACUAUUGACAAUCAUGCUUACUGGUUCAGAUUCAACUCAACCUUAGACAACAAAAACAAAGAUCUCUGGACCCGAGUUGCUCGAAAAGCUAUCAUUGAUGGUAAAGUAGAACGACCAGUUAUCCCAAGCGACCUUGCAUGGAGAAACCCUGAAGAUAUCAAGAGUCCUUACAUUGUCUACAUUUCAUGGGCCAGUGAUGUCAAAUCAGAAAAACUUGGCUCUUAUAUAAUAGUUCAAGGUGACCUCUCCCGAUCAGCACGAGACCCAGUCAUUCCUGAAAUGGAACGAGAAUCAUGGUUCCACAAACAAUGCAAAAAGGACAUCAAGAACGGUAAUGCCACCAACCACGCUUGUGAGCGAGUUAUCGCUGAACAAGCAUACUUCAAUGUUGUCACUGGAGUGAUCGAAUGGCGAGGAGUUCAAGAACCUGUUCGUGAAUCAAUCAGAAAGGUCUACUCUGAACUUACACGAUCCCUCAUGUACUACUGGAAGCCAUGGUCAAACAUCUCAUCUGAGAGAUUCGAAGGUGAACAAGAUGUUGUAACCUUUGCUGCCGCUUACUCAAACAUCAUCUACAAACGACCAGUAAUCAAUUUAUUUGUUCAAACUCCAACUGAAAAGGUUAACUUCACCAAGAUCUUUGUUCCAGUUGCACUUUUCCCCGCAAUGCACCCAAUCAACUACCUUAAAGCUUCACCGAUGCCAAAAGACCAAACUUGUACUCUCAUGAAGGAUUCCAUCCGAACCUUUGACAACGUCACUUACCGAACCUGGUUAGACGAAUGUGAAUUCGUUGUUUCCAUGGAUUGCUCACAAAGCAAACAGUUCGCUGUCACCGUUAAAGGACAAGCUGGUAAACGAACCGUAAGAGUCUACACUCCACUCCAAAACUACUACAAACUCUAUGAUGUCAAGAAGGAUUCUGCUAGUUUGACUGUCUACAACAGUUUCGAUCAACAACAAGGACCUGACUAUGUAUUAACACCCGGUAAACCCGCCAUUCGUUUAGACAUGUCACCAAACACACGAUACCAUGAAGCUCACCAAAUCUUCAUGCACGAUGGUGUUGUUAACGUUGUUUUACCCAAAGAAAAUGUUCGAGUUGCUUUCGAUGGACAUUACUUGAAGAUCACAACUUCACCUCUUUUCGUUGGUAAGACCUGUGGUCUUUGCGGUAACCAAGACCAAGAAUUCUACCCUGAAUUCUUAGACCCUGGAAUGGUUAAUCUUGCAUCAAACCUCACCGCUUUCCGAGACUCAUACUCACUCCACAACUGCACUGACCCAAACCCAUGUCACGAUGACGUUUGUGAUGUUGACGCAAUGGCGUACCAAAGAAGAUCACCAAAGUUUCUCUCUGCCGGUAAAUCAGAAAAGAAGUCCAUUACCUACCCUAUGUUAAAAACCUUAGUCAUCAGACGAGAAAAGGAAAUCUGUUUCUCUAAGUUACCUAUACUCGAAUGCAGAAAUGGCGAGAUGCCUACAGAAACUCAAUCCAUAGAGGCUGAAAUAACUUGUCUAAGGGGGAAAAUACUUCCAAUCGCUCGUGUUUGGGCUGAUCAAGCUGAAAAACGAAUCGUUUUAGAAGUUGUAAGUAUGCGCACGACUGAAACCUUACGUUACGACGCACCAGCUAGGUGUUUAGCUUAAUUAGUGAUCAGAGGAGUUCAAGUGAUCUUUGCCCUCUUUUGUUCACUGUUAGUCCCAUAAGACAAACGUAAAACAUUUACAAAUUCAUAAAUAUUACUGUAAAGUUCUGAAAAGGCAUUCUACAAAAAAAACAAAUCUUAAUCUAUAAAAAUAAUUAUGAUUAAAUAAAGUAAUUAACGAAAUACAUUAUA